UUGGUCCGAGUUGGAGGCUGAUGGUUGGAUGCCCAAAACAUAUAUAAUUCACCCACGCCGCAACCCGCCACACUCGACACCACGCACCACCUUCUCUUCUCUGUUCAAUUCAACACAACCUUGCGUGUGUGUGUGUUCUUGUCUACUCUGAAAUGGCAAUCGACAAGGAACUUCAAAUUCAACAGAACAACGCCGUGCUGCUCGAUCACGUGCCCGUCUUCGCCAAGGAGCUUCUCGCCGGAGGCAUCGCCGGUGGCUUUGCCAAGUCCGUUGUUGCUCCUCUUGAACGUGUCAAAAUUCUCCUUCAGACCCGGAGAGCUGAGUUUCAGAGUUCAGGAUUGUGGGGAUCAGCUACCAGAAUUGCCAAAACAGAAGGCUUUUUGGGUUUCUACAGAGGAAAUGGAGCAAGUGUUGCAAGGAUUAUUCCUUACGCAGCUCUUCAUUAUAUGUCGUAUGAGGAAUACCGCAGAUGGAUUGUACUGACUUUUCCUGAUGUAUGGAAAGGCCCUACGCUCGACCUUAUGGCCGGAUCACUGUCUGGAGGGACUGCUGUUCUUUUUACUUAUCCCCUUGACUUAACUCGGACCAAGUUAGCAUAUCAGGUUGUUAGUCCAACAAAGUUGAAUGUUUCAGGGAUAGUUAAUAGUGAACAAGUUUACCGGGGGAUCCUUGAUUGUCUUUCAAAAACUUAUAAAGAGGGUGGCAUUAGAGGUCUCUACCGGGGAGUCGCUCCGACACUCUUUGGAAUAUUCCCAUAUGCGGGUCUGAAGUUCUACUUCUAUGAGGAAAUGAAGCGCCAUGUCCCUGAGGAGUACAAGAAAAGCAUCAUUGCGAAACUCACUUGUGGAUCGGUAGCAGGUUUAUUGGGGCAGACCUUCACAUAUCCUCUUGAAGUUGUUAGGAGGCAAAUGCAGGUUCAAAAACUCUCGGCAUCUGAUAAUGUUGAAUUGAAGGGGACUCUGAGAUCCAUGGUGUUGAUCGCUCAAAAGCAUGGCUGGAAGCAACUGUUUUCUGGGCUGAGCAUCAAUUACCUUAAGGUUGUUCCAUCUGUGGCCAUUGGGUUUACAGUUUAUGAUACUAUGAAAUUAUACCUGAGAGUUCCAUCAAGAGAGGAAGCUGAAGUUGAAGUGGUAACAAACAAAAGAAUCAGCCAACCAGCCUCAGAAUAAUAAUUUAUAAAGCUCCUCUUCAAUUUUUUGCUAUCCUAACUCCUCAUAGGCUUCAAACUGGCUUUGAGUUCCCAUUAUAUUUGUGCGGUUAUUCAUAUAUUGUUUUAGCUGCAGAUUCAUUCUUUCAAGUUGUACAGGGAGAUAGAGGUUGCAUUUCAUCUUUAAAUAGAAUGCAGCAUGUAUUUCUAUACACCUUACCAAGGAAUGAUACCUUGACUCAGAUUUCUACAUUGAAUUAGAAAAUAGGUAUGUUGUUUAGAUAGGACAUACUAUGUACGUCAAAAUAAAAGAUAAAUUGCACUUUUUGAAUGUGCAAGAAGAAAAUGAUUUAUAAUUAUUGAUA